UGCAGGUGGAGUGGGAAUGAUUGAAGUCUGGGGAAAUAAACUGUACCUUCUGGUUUCACCAUCUAACAUGGAGCUAUUUCUAAGGAAGAAUGGAAUUUCUUCAGUGACGGGCUAGCUUAGAUGGUACACAAGCUUCUUUCAAGUACUGACACUCUAAAGCUUAAAAGCAAGAAAAAAAAAAAAAAAGUACUGUAAGGCAGGACCUGGAAGCCAGGGAACAAGAAAAACUGAACUAGUAGAGUCAGGAAUUUUUCUGAGCCACAGCACUACCAGGCCCAUUACCGACGGGCCCAGAGCUAAAGAGGAAGGUUUCUUGCUCUCUGCAGUGGAGAGUGCAGGACAGCAUGAACGGGUCCUGGAAUGGUUCCAGCCCCAAUCCUGGGGAAUUUUGCCUGCUUAGUCUCCACCUUCAGGACUAAGGGAGGCUGUGUGUGUGGUAUCUGCCUGUGUCCCAGAACUCUGCUCAAUCCUGCUCUAAGACUGAGCCAAUCCAAGCUGCCAGCUUCAAGCUGUUGCUUUUCUCAGUGCCUCCCCCCAGAACUCAGCCCCCUUGUUGCUGGUACACACCAGCAGCCCUGCAGGGUGGGGUUCAGCCAGAGCUCGGCUUCCCAGUCCACAGGGGAUUGACUGCCUAGGUCCCCUCAGGCUCAGCCUCCUCCCAGCUUCAAAAACACUGAGUCAGACCACCCCUGACAUGUGCAUUAUGUGUGCCUGAUGUAAUGUAAUAUGGAGAACACCGCAUCACCUAACAAGUUGUCUUUCCAAAAGCAUUGAGCCUGAAUCUAAAGGAGUCCUUACAUCUAAUCACUGGCUUGCAGAAAAUAUGGGGGCUGGCAGAAUAAGGAGGAAGCUCACUAUGGCUCCAGUCCCCUGGCCAUGCUGACGGCAGCGUGCAGCAAAUUUGGUGGCACCAGCCCUCUGCGGGACUCAGCGACACUGGGCAAAGCAGGCGCCAAGAAGCCAUACCCUGUGGGCAGUGACCUUUCAGCCCCCAAAACCAUGGGGGAUGCCUACCCAGCCCCCUUUACAAGCACCAAUGGGCUCCUCCCACCUGCAGGCAGUCCUCCUGCACCCACCUCGGGCUAUGCCAAUGACUACCCUCCUUUUCCCCAUUCGUUCCCUGGGCCCACGGGCACCCAGGACCCUGGGCUACUAGUGCCCAAGGGCCACAGCUCUUCUGACUGCCUGCCCAGUGUCUACACCUCUCUGGACAUGGCACACCCCUACGGCUCCUGGUACAAGGCAGGCAUCCACGCAGGCAUCUCACCGGGCCCAGGCAACGCUCCUACUCCUUGGUGGGACAUGCACCCGGGGGGCAACUGGCUAGGUGGUGGGCAGGGCCAGGGUGAUGGGCUGCAAGGGACACUGCCCACAGGUCCAGCUCAGCCUCCACUGAACCCCCAGCUGCCCACCUACCCCUCCGACUUCGCCCCCCUUAAUCCAGCUCCCUACCCAGCUCCUCACCUCCUGCAGCCAGGGCCCCAGCAUGUCUUGCCCCAAGACGUCUAUAAACCCAAGGCAGUGAGCAACAGCGGGCAGCUGGAGGGGAGCGGUGGGGCCAAGACCCCGCGGGGGGCGGGCACCGGGGGCAGCGGCGGAUACGGAGGCGGUGGAGCGGGGCGCUCGUCCUGCGACUGCCCCAACUGCCAGGAGCUUGAGCGCCUGGGGGCGGCAGCCGCUGGGCUGCGGAAGAAGCCCAUCCACAGCUGCCACAUCCCCGGCUGCGGCAAGGUGUACGGCAAGGCGUCGCACCUGAAGGCGCACCUGCGCUGGCACACGGGCGAGCGGCCCUUCGUCUGCAACUGGCUCUUCUGCGGCAAGCGCUUCACCCGUUCGGACGAGCUGGAGCGCCACGUGCGCACCCACACCCGGGAGAAGAAGUUCACUUGUCUGCUCUGCUCCAAGCGCUUUACCCGGAGUGACCACCUGAGCAAACACCAACGUACCCAUGGCGAGCCAGGCCCGGGACCCCCUGCCAGCGGCCCCAAGGAACUGGGGGAGGGCCGCAGUGCAGGGGAAGAGGAGGCCAGUCAGACGCCCCGACCUUCAGCCUCCCCAGCACCGCCAGAGAAAGCCCCUGAAGGCAGCCCAGAGCAGAGCAACCUGCUGGAGAUCUGAGCGGGGUGGAGGGUCUCCAGGCCCAGGGCUGCCUUGCCGGCCUUCCCCGGCUUCAUGGACCACUGCUUGCCCCUCACCCCCUUAGCCCCAUGCAUGCUGCCCCUGGGGCUCUUGCCAGCUCUCCCCUGGCCCGUUUUGGGCCUGGGUGUCUCCCGGCAUGCCUCUGCAGCUCACCCCUCCCUUUGCCGUGAGCCUGUUCCACAGACUGUCAUCUCAGGCCCUCACCUUGUGCCUGGUUUCUGCCCUCUGGCUUCCUAAGAUCUUCCCUCACCCCUGCACACAGCUUCCCUCUCCUCUGCUCUUACCACCCCAUCUCAUUUUCCUUCUAUCUGGGCUCCUGACACUUUCUUUCUCCAGCUCACUAACUCCUUGACAAGCAUCCUUCCUGCUUCCCAAGCUUAUUUACCACUAUUGCUUAGCUUCCAGGCUCCAGUCAUCCCAGCUUCUUCUUCCACUUGCUUUCCAUGCUCCAGAACGUUUUUUGUUUUUGUUUUUUUACAAACAUAAUGAUGAUGAUGAUGAUGAUGAUAAUUUAUUGCCCCCUGGUGGCCUCUUCAUUAGGGACCAGAGUUAGGGGGAUUGGGGUUAGUGACCUGGCAGGGAGCAGGGUGCCAAGAAGGGGGCAGACCAGUGGGGAUCUGAUCCCAAAGAUGGGGUGACCCCAGGGUCAGGGAGGCUGCCCCCAGGCCUGUAUAUUUAACCCCUAUGUUCCAAGAGAAAUGAAUACUAAUAAUAAUAAUUCUAUUUAUCUAAGUUAUGAUGACAGGUCAGGUAGAGUGAGCUGGGGAGGGAAGGAGGUCCAUUUCUGCUAUGGAAAAUUUUAGCUAAGUGUAUCUCGGUAUAGAAAAAGUGUUAGUGGAGAUCUUGUUAAUAGAAUUUCUAUCAUCAGGGUCUCAGUUAAUGGGGUUUCUCUUUUAAUAGAAUCUCUGCUAAUAGGGUUCGUUAGCUAGAUCUCUGUUAAAGAGUUGAUGGGCUGUCUCUCAAUUAGGGAAUCCCCCAUAUUCCCAGCCCCAGCCAGAAGCUGUGAAACCUCAAGUCCUAUGGAGGGGAGGACUGGAAUGUACCCCAGCUUCCUUGACCCCAGAGCAGGUUCUUCCACUGCCCCUCCCAUGACACCGUGACCCCAUCAGGCUAAUCCCUUGUUGCCAUGGUUACGGAGAGCUUGCAGCUGCCAUCCUAGACCUGCUCUUUGGGGAAGCCCACCUAACAGGAAGAGCACACUGGUUUGGAGGUGCCUGUCCUGGAGAAUAGGUGGGGAAGGCUUUCUCUGGGAUCACAUUCAAAUAAAUCAAGUAUUUAUUGAGUGCCUAUUUUUUACAAGGCACUGCUAGGCUGGUGCCUAGAAACCACGAGAAAGAAGAAUUUAUAGAGCUAGGAGGACAGAGGUCCCCAAUUUGAUUUGGGGGAUUGCAUCCCCAGGCCCCCAACCAGGGACUUCCAAUGCUCCCAACUCCAACUCUGGUGACUUUUAAAGCCGCUUCGUGCCUUUGAAUGCCUUUCCUGUGACUUUGGAUCCUCCUUUCCUAUCUCCUGCUCCCUCAAGGCCCCAAGUUAAAGGGUUAAAGCCGCUGGAGCUUGGGGAGAGGGUAAUAUUGUGGAAGGGAAAGGAUCAUGCCCUC